AUGUCGACCGGUGCCCGUAGAGCGAUGGACAAUGGUGAAGUGGUUAACCAAGACGAUGAUGCAAUGAAUGCCAACAGAAAGCCGGCUUCACGCCGAGUGGAUGAUGUGAAUACAAGUGCUUCACCGUCUGAGGACGGCCGCGCGAACGAGCCGGGGACUUUGCAAGAGGUGAAAGAGACUGACAUUCAGACGACAAGGCUGCUAGAGCAUGCGGAAGAACCGACUCAUCGCUCACUACAAUCGACCACUGUGACAUCUUUCAUUGUGUCGGAAAAAUCGAGAAAUGGGACCACGUGCGAUCUACAGAGCAGCCCAAAUGCACAGGACGUGAUACUGCCGGUUGAACUGCUUGACAGAUGCAAUCGAGCCAAACCGCCAGCAGAUUCUAACAUUGUCGAGCCACCAGAAGAUAUGGAGAUCAACAGGGGGGGCCUUUCGCAGCGUAGCUUCUUCGUAAAGCCAGAUUGUGAUUUGGCCGCGCUGAGCACCAAACCUUCAACGCCCUCAUCUCAGACAGGCACAUUACUUGACAUGAAACCCGAGACUCCGAUUCUAGCGCCAUCAUUACCGUCGCCGACGCUUGUAGGGCGUGUCACCGCGGGUGUCGUAAGCGGUAUCUGGGGUAUGACCCGAGAGGCAGCUCUAUCUGGUGACUUGGCAAAAACAUCCAAGUUUGAAUAUAAAUUCAAGUUGAGCAACUUUGAUACGCUUGAUAGCUCCUGGAAAGCUGAACAUCCGAGGUCGGGGCCAAAACCGCUACGGUCCAUUCACAAUAUCUGGGACAUGUCAUACCGAUGGAAGUGCUCUGGAGCUUGCAAGGAUAUAUGAGCCAAAACCACCGCCUGUACCGAAGCUAAAAACAUCAUUACAACGCAAAAAC